AUGAACUAUCAUCGAAAUCCUUCUCUAAAUCAUAAAUAUAAAACACUCAUAAAAUCUAAAUUUUAUUUCCAAUCGUAAUAAUAUAUAGCAUUUCAUUAGCCUCAAAUCCGAACCUCAAACUGUAAAUGAAGAAAAGGAAAAGAUAGAGAAUCUUAUAAAAAUUCUGAAAUAAGAGGAAAUAUUAUUUUCAGAAAAUAAUGAAAGCAAUCCUAUUGAGAAAAAAAAGGCUCGAUCUUAAAAAUUAUCUUGUGAAUGUACCAUAUAUUGA